CAUCACAAGUUCAGUCCCAUUGACAAUAGGGAAGUUGAUGUGAAGGAAGAACUCACAGUCAAACUGCAGGACAAGCUGAAGGCUUUUAAGAAGGCUAAAGACACCUGUCAUGAAUCAGCUCAGUAUAUUAAGACUCAGGCCAAAUACACAGAGACACAGAUCAAGAAGCAGUUUUUGGAGCUUCACCAGUUUCUACAAGAUGAAGAGGCAGCCAGGAUAGCUGCACUGAGGGAGGAAGAGGAGCAGAAGAGUCAGAUGAUGAAGGAGAAGAUUGAGAAGAUGAGCAGAGAGAUCUCAUCUCUUUCAGACUCAAUCAGAGGCAUGGAAAAGGAGAUGGGAGCUGAUGACAUCACAUUCCUGCAGAACUACAAGAGCACAGUGGAAAGAGCCCAGUGCACACUGCAGGAUCCAGAGAGGGUUUCAGGAGCUCUGAUCAAUGUGGCAAAGCACCUGGGCAACCUCAAGUUCAGAGUCUGGGAGAAGAUGCAGGAGACUGUUCAGUACACUCCUGUGACUCUGGAUCCUAACACUGCACACCCACGACUCAUCCUGUCUGAGAAUCUGACCAGUAUGACACGCGGUGAUGAGAGGCAGCAGCUUCCUGAUAACCCAGAGAGAUUUGAUAAGUAUCUCAGUGUUCUGGGCUCUGAGGGCUUUAACUCAGGGACUCACUGCUGGGACGUGGAGGUUGGGGACAGUACCUGGUGGUGGGUGGGUUUGAUGACAGAGUCCCUCCAGAGGAAGGGACAAUAUGGCAAUGUGAGUGGAAAGUGGACUCUGUUUAAUAAUAAUGGUAAAUAUAUAACAUGGUCUCUACCACAGCCCUCCACUCUCCUCACAGUGGAGAAGAAACCCCAGAGGAUCAGAGUGCAGCUGGACUGGGACAGAGGAGAGCUGUCAUUCUCUGACCCUGAUAAUAACACUCACAUACACACUCUCACACACACUUUCACUGAGAGAGUGUUUCCAUACUUUAAUACUGGUGAAUUUCCUCUGAGUAUUGUAGCAGUGAAGGCCUCUAUGUCAGUAGAGCAGCCCAGUUAGAGCAGAAACUGUCUCUGUCUGAACAAGAGCCCACAUGCAGCAUCUGAAACCCCUAUGUUGGAAUGUUUUGACUUAGGAAAGAUAACCCCUGUGUCACUGAACUAGGGGUGACCCUCAGGAUGAGGGGUGGUAAACAUUUCUUAUCUCUGUAAAACAAACAUGGUUAGGUGAUCACUGGUGGGUGACAACUUGUGAUUUCCGUGGGUGUGUGUUAAAGCAGCACCAAAGAACUUUUCCUCUGUCGCAUGCACGCUUUGUUUAUCCAACGGCUUUGUAAAUAACAAUGUCCAUACACAAGGUAGAAUUUGUUGCAUGAUUUUAUGAAAGUAGGCUAUGAUGUAUUGC